UGAGUAAGGCGUGUGAUCCGUCCUCACUAUGACGCGUAACGACUCAUACUGAGGCCCCAAGGUAGGAUUAUCACACCACCAUCAGUCCCUUUUCUUUGACUAGCAAUCUCUCGUACUAGUCUUGAUCCGUUUUUACCUUUUCCUAUUCUCAUUGGUUGCGUCGCAUCCUCAUGUCUUCCACGCCAAGGGGAUAUACAACAUUCCCGUCUCAAGCAGACCUCUUCUAUUUCUGUACAACAUCGUCCACUUCCGAAGACGAUCUGAACCUCCAUUACGCACCGCCGUCGAAGUCAUCUUUGAAAAUCGGCGUACUGGUGCUCAGUCCGGACCAGGUUCAAUUGCUGGACCUUGCCGUUGUCGACCUGUUGGCCAAGAUCAGCAGAAAUCGAGUCAGCAAAUUAAACGCCCCCUCGAGCAUUCUAGAUGAAGCUGUAGACGAGCUUGAUAUUCGAUAUGUGAGCGAGAGCGGCGAAGGAUCCUUCGCGGUCACCUCUGGCGCUCGCAUGCCAGUGACGAACUCCUUCGACAAUUCUCCCCAUUUCGACAUCCUCAUAAUUCCUGGCUCUUUCACAUCGAGCGAGCUACCUGUAUCGGCCACCGCAUUCCUGGCCGAGCGAUGCUCGAAUUUAGACACGAUUGCCAUCAUGAGCGUCUCGUCCGGAAUCCUGAACCUGGUCCAGAGCGGCGUCCUCCACCAGAAACGAGCAACGGGGCCCUCUUCCCUACUUCCAACUCUUCAGCAACGGUUUCCCGAAACGGCAUGGCAGCACACGCCGUGGACGCGCCAAGACAAGUUCUGGUGCAGCACUUCGGCGAUCUCAGCGCUGGACAUGGCUGCGGCUUGGAUGCGAGAGUAUUUCUGGGAUCGCAGAGAAGCGGUCGAAUGCGCAUUGGCGGCUGCGGGCAUCGCUCCACGAGACGAAUACGAAGGGUAAUGACGUAGGUAAAGAAGCAUUUCCAGGCGUUUUGGUCUUUUUUCUCGACUCUUCUCGUUCUAUACCCCUCUCUG